AUGGUUAAGCUGUGCGCCCCCCUUCCCCUCUUCCCCUCUCCCCCUUCCAUUUCCUCGUUGUGUUCCAAUGCCACAGCAUUACGUCUCCCCGAAGCCAACGUGAGGCAGAACCUUCCAUCUACAACAAACACUUUGAUGUAUACCACGACCUUCACUCUCAUGAAAUUCGCCUAGCCAGGCUACCUCCAGGAAAAUGGUCGGACGGAAUUCAGUGUCAGGUGAAGCAUGCAUAUCUCGCAAAUCAACCUGUAUACAAGGCGGUGUCUUGCGCUUGGGGCUCUCCACGGGCAACAUUACCAAUUCUUGUUAAUGGCUUUGAACACCAGGUGACCGUAAAUCUCGAAUCCGCACUCAGAAGGCUGCGAAAGGUCGAUGCAUGUAUGGACAUAUGCGUGGAUUCUCUGUCUAUCAACCAGUCUGAUAUCUCAGAAAAAACUGAGCGAGUCAGACUCAUGCAUGAUAUAUAUUCUGGCGCCAAAGAAGUCAUUGUUUGUCUCGGAGAAUUAUCACCUCAUUAUUUCACAGCCUCGGGCAGUCCAAUGUCUGCCUCGACGACAAUUUUCCAAUCCAGUGAUGAAGACCACGCAAAGCUCGCAUUAUUCCAAUCUUGCUGUCCAGGAAAGCGGCGCAACGGGAAAAGAAUAAGGAUUGACUUGGCUGUUGAAACCUUCUGUAUUUUACGAACUCUAGCUGAAGAGCCUGCGUCGAACAAACUGUCUGGUUUCGAUGUAAACUCUGAAAGCUUUAUUGAACACAGAUAUCAGAAGAAGCUUUUUGAGGGGCUGAGACAAAUGAUGCGUUGCUGGCGGUGGAAGAGGACCUGGGUGAUACAAGAGAUGGUUGUCCCUAAAAAGGUUACCAUGGUUUAUGGGGCAGCAGUUGCACCAUGGGAAAUGUUUGUUGAGGCUGCGAACUGGGAAUCGAGGAACCAAAGCUCCUGA